AUGAGAAGCGAGGAGAUCUCCCGAUCUGCGCCUGGAGUCACCUUGGGCUGACAGCUGCUGCGCGGGCUGUGAUCGGUGCAGAGAAGUUUACACCGGGGUGGCUUUACUUUCUCCCCGAAAGGCUGGGGGGGGGGAAGGGGGGAGAAACAACUCCACCACCUCUCCCUGCACAUAGCUGUAGCUUGAGCAGUGACUGAUAUAGCUGUCCGGGUUCCUUUGAAGAACAAUCGAGCCACGGAGCAGGCUCCAGAGACAGAAUUCACAGAUGUGCCUCACAAUUACAGAUGUGCCACAGCUGUAGACGACUCCCCCUCGCCCCACCUAACCCAAACCUUCAUGACCAGUUGCCACCUGGCUCUAGCACUGCUGGCCGAGGAGGACUCUCCCCCACACACCGCAUUUUCUUGGAGCGGAGGAGAGAGGGGAAGAUGGAUGAUGACUUGUAUGUGGAGGAGAACAUAGACUAUCUGUUGUCCCACAACAGGUCUGCCAAUGAAUCCGAUGCCAACCAGUUCGCGCAGCCCGCUUGGCAGAUCACCCUCUGGGCUGUCGCCUACUCUCUCAUUGUGAUCGUGGCGGUGGUGGGGAAUAUCGUUGUGAUGUGGAUCAUCCUAGCCCACAAGAGGAUGAGGACGGUGACCAAUUAUUUCCUGGUGAACCUGGCUUUUGCAGAAGCCUCCAUGGCCGCCUUUAACACCGUCGUCAAUUUCACCUAUGCCAUCCACAACGAGUGGUACUAUGGGCUGGUCUACUGCAAGUUCCACAACUUCUUCCCCAUCGCCGCCGUGUUUGCCAGCAUCUACUCCAUGACGGCCAUCGCCGUGGACAGGUACAUGGCUAUUAUCCAUCCAUUGCAACCCAGAUUGUCAGCCACAGCCACCAAGGUGGUCGUCACCGUUAUUUGGUUCCUGGCUUUAUUGCUGGCGUUCCCGCAGGGUUAUUACUCGAUGACAGCAGAGCUUCCCAACAGGGUGGUGUGUCUGGUGGACUGGCCAGAGUAUGACACCAGGGCGUAUGAAAAAACGUAUCAUUUCUGCGUGACUGUGCUGAUCUACAUCCUGCCGCUCCUGGUGAUAGGAUGUGCCUACACGGUGGUUGGCAUCACUCUGUGGGCUAGCGAGAUACCCGGCGAUUCUUCUGACCGCUACCACGAGCAAGUGUCCGCCAAGCGAAAGGUGGUGAAGAUGAUGAUUGUUGUGGUGUGCACGUUUGCUGUCUGCUGGCUGCCCUACCACAUCUACUUCCUCUUGCAUUUUUUUAACCCCGAUUGGUACCAGGAGAAGUUUAUCCAGCAGGUCUACUUAGCAGUCAUGUGGCUGGCCAUGAGCUCCACCAUGUAUAACCCAAUUAUCUACUGCUGCCUCAAUGACAGAUUCCGCAUUGGCUUUAAGCACGCCUUCCGGUGGUGCCCUCUCAUCAAUGCUAGGGAAUACGAAGGGCUGGAAAUGAAGUCUGCCAGGUACCUCCAGACCCAGAGCAGCAUGUAUAAGGUCAGCCGGAUUGAGACAACUGUAUCCUCGGUCACCGGCAACACUGAGGAAGACAUUGAAGAGAGCAACAAAAUUAAGCGCCUGUCUGUGGAUAUGACAUCCAAUGGCUCCUCCCGCAGUGACUCUAAAACCGUCUCCGAAAGCUUCAGCUUCUAUUCCAACACGCUCUCCUAAGCUGCCAUCCAACUGAGCAAGGGUCAGAAAAAUAUUGCUUAUACCUACGCUCCAGGUCUCCAUUAACCAUAUAUCCAGGUGUGCCUGUAUUCACCUUUUCCUGAUGAAGAUGCUAUGCCUUGGUUGCGACAGUAGCCACCUCUCAACAGUGUGUCUGUCUGACCCAGUGUAAUUGCAUCGAUUAACAUCGACAAUAUCUUCUCUCUCUAUGGUAUCUUGCAGUCGUUUGCUGGGCUGAAUGCUUAACCGAUGCUGUUCACUGAAAGUAGAUCUUAAUUUAUGACACAGCAUUACAGAAAAAAAAAGAUGGUAGGUAUCAGAACCUGGCCUUCAGUGCUACUGUUCAUUCUCAAGCUAUGCUCCGCCAUUGAUCGGUGUCUGAAUGCAAUAUAAAUUUCCACCGGGGGGGCUUUUUCCCCCAUUUCCUUUCCCCACUAUUUUUGUUGUCAUCUCUCCUCCCUUACUUGCCAUUCACUUGUUGCUGAUUAGCAAAAUGGAGAAAUGGUAUCAAAAGAGGAAGAUAGGGCUGGUGACUUAUGAAACAACCAAUACACCUCCACCAGCUUAGCAGGCAACACUACAGCAAAGGCUGCCUCUCUUGCACAUGGUAUGUUAAACACAGAGGAUUUCAGUUCUUUUGGUGAAGGAAAGAUUGAGCUCUUGAGGUUUAUUGCUACCAUGCCUUUCUUUUUAUUCUCCACUACUCAGCUUUCUGUCAAGGUAUACUCCUCCUUCUCCCAAGGAUCCUAUCUGUAGUGUAGUCAGCAGAGUUUACUGGAUUCAAGUUAAAAUUGACCAUGUGACCUGUUCAGCUUCUUUUGCUCUUACCGCAAAAAGGUUCUAGCACAACCUUUGAUUUCCUCUGGGUCUCCUAGAUUCAACUCUUUGCAUGAUCCUAACCUCAUGAUGCAAAGACUUCAAGAUCUAGGACUACAGAACCAAGCCAGAACUUCAGGUGUUUGCUCUAGCUGGCUGGCUCUGGGGGCUUUCAGAUACACCUCAACCCAUUGGCCUCACUCUAAUUCCUACCCAAAGCUAAUUUGACACUCUAGAGCUUGGAAAUGCCUUUGUUUAAAGUUCUAUAUGGGGUUUGUGGCGUCUAUCAUCAUUAUCUGGAUAGUCCAAGAGACGUACAAUACAAAAUUCACUACUACGUUCUUCCCUUUUUAACCCAACCACCCCCAACACCCACCAAAUUAUUCUUAGUAUAUAAAGGGAAAUACAACAAGAAACAAAAUGUCUGGGUUAGCCCUAAUUGUCAGGAAAUAAAUAUAGUUUGCAAACAGGCUCUAUACCAUCAGCAGUGCACCCCUCCCCAGCCCCUCAAAACAUGCUUGGGUACUGGUCCUAUACAUGACCUGGGUUUUCCUUGGAUGUUUCCUAGUAAGUGCUGAACAGGCCUGACUAUGCUUCAUUUGGGACACGAGAGCAGUAGGAGAGUGCCAAGAGACAUCUGUCUCCAACACAUGCAAUUGGACAGUAGAGAUGGCAAAAGGCAUCUUUUGAAUGAAUGAAACCUCAUCAGUGUGCAUGUGGGGCUAUACCAGGGAUAAUGACAGAGGUAGCAGUAGAUAGUGCAUGUAGUCAGAUUAGGUUUAACAAUGCCAGCGGAAAGUAAUUUUGUAAAUAAGCAUGGAAUCAGGGCUUAAGAGGAAAGAAUAUCAUGUAUUAUCGAAUACAAAUAUCUGAUGUAACUGAAAGCUAAAAAGGAAUGUCUAACACAUUUACAAAAACAAAACCUACUAAAAAGGAAGUGAUAUACUUCUAUUGUGGAAGAUGCUUUCCAGUGUAUGCCUUGCAUUUCAACACCAUUACUGUAGGACCUCAGAGUUAUGAACUGACCAGUCAACCACACAUUUCAUUUGGAACUGCAAGUAUGCAAUCAGGCAGCAGCACAGACCAAAAAAAACCCCAACCAAACACACACACAAAAAGCAAAUACAGUAUAGUACUGUGUUAAAUGUAAACUACUAUAAUAAAGGGAAAUCAGUAUUUUCCUUCUGCACAGUAUAGUUUCAAAGCUCUAUUGCGUCAAUGUUCAGUUGUAAACUUUUGAAAGAACCACCAUAAUGUUUUGUUCAGAGUUAUGAACUUUGCAGAGUUAUGACCAACCUCCAUUCCCGAGGUGUUCAUAACUCUGAGGUUCUACUGUAGUUGCAGCUUGUAAAACUCUGAUUCGUUGUAAGAGACUGAAAUACAUUGCAGAUACCUGGGUGGGUCUAACUGUGGGGUGCCUAUCCUUUGGUGACAUCCCCUGAAAUGUAUGAAAUUAAGUCAGAGAUUAAAUUUAGGCGGUACUUUAUUAUGCAGCCUGUGAACUGACCAUAGGAAGAUACAGCUGUUAAAUAAAUCCCAAUCCCAAACUGUUUUUAUAGAUGGUAGAAAUACCUUUAUUUAAUUUAAAUAAGGAUACCAGUAGUAAGUUCACAGAUUUCUCCAAUGGUUAUUGCUAGGUAGAACUGGCAAAAGCCAGGAUAUACUUUUUUAGUCUACAUUCUGCUAAGUACUGCCUCUGGAAAACAGCUCUUCUGGAUAUCAUAUCAGCCUGCCAUUCUUUAUUGUGAUGACCCUAUAAGGUUAUAGGGUGCCACACUUCAUGUAUAGACUUGCUACAGUACCACCUCCCAUAUACUAUCAAUGUCUCCUUUCAUCCAAGGCCUGCGUGAGACGAUCUCUCAUGCUUCCUGUCUCGUGGGACAAGAUCUCACACUCGUUUUCCUGCUACCGCCGCCUUAUUCUUCAAAUAAUUUUCUAGUAGCUUGCAUGAUGUGGGAAAAAAGGAAGGGUCACAGAUGGAUUUUGGAGGAGAGGAUUUUUUUUUUUUUUUACAUGCAGACUUCAGACCCACUGCUUGAAGCCUGACCCUAUAUUUACACUACUUGGUAUCACGCUGUCGUACAACAUUCAAGUACCCAAUGCACAGCAUGAGCCCGGUAAACUGAAAUACUUUAGUGGGAUAGUAACAACGUAGUUUAUGUUGCAAGCCAUGAGUUUUUGCUCUGACAAAGUUCUGUGGAAUUUAUCUGAUUGGAGGUUUUUAAAUGGAUGUUUGAUAAUACCCGUUUUUUGCAAAAUUUAUCAGCGCUGCACUGCAUUAAGAAUGUGCUGUAAAAGCAGGAGUGCAUUUUUAUGCCAGUUCAGAGCGAAAUGCUGGUUGACUUAUUCAGACAAGCAGUCCCAAAAGAAAUGUUAAAUCCAAGUAAAACCAAAUGAUUCAAAGUAAAGCUCUACAUGAGUACAUACAUGAGUAAGGCAAGCAAGGUUUGGCUUAUACUCCCAGCAUUAUAUACACAAAAUUUGUGCUGGACCGGUAGCUACAGGUUGACCUUAAAAAAAAAAAAAAAAACCACACACACCUAACCACCCUACAUUCCUCCAUACUUACAAGGCACACAAGGAGAACAAGAAUUAUUGGUUUCUUUUAUCAGUGGCCUACUUCUAGUAAGUUUACAACCACCACAAUAUGUUAAAGAUGGGAGAGCCCUAAGGACAUGUAUAGGGUUAAUGAAGUCCCCAUAAUUCACAGUAUAAGAUACUUCUUGUUCAUACUGUACAACUUCACAAGCAACUCCGUUCAUACUUAAGUGUUUUUACUUGAAGUAAUAAUGCAGUGAGAAAGUAGUAAAUAAUGUUACAGUUUUUGUGACGAAAUUAAAAAUGAUGGAACACACAAUCAUCAAAAUACGUAUGCUGUAACUGUUUACAAAGAGUUUUGACUGGUUUACAAGGUUAGGUCAUGGGGUCACUCUUAUUAACGUGUGUGUAAACUAUACCCAUAGGUGCAGGGUCAGAAUAUUAAAAUGAGGCAUCCUGCAGCAUCCAACUGAUCAUUUGAAAAAUGGUUUUAUCUGUCUCUUGAAAUAAAGUGGGCCAGAUGCUUAAGUGCUGUAAAUGGGUAUAAUGCCAAUUACUUCAAUGGAGCCUCAAGCAUUUAGACCAGCUCAGGAUUUGGCCCAAUGACUAGGACAUUUCCAAAGACUAAGCCACCAAUGGUAUUUAUUUCUAUUCAGUGGGGACUGGGUUAGUAAAAACCAAAAUGUUCAGUAUAAAAUGGGCAUAGUUAAAAGCUAAAGGGAGUCCAGAGCCAAACUUUCCCCAAAAAUGGAAGGUUAUUUCCAUUAGGGGGUUGGCCUCAGCCUGUUGUAGAGACACUAUAGAAUUAGGAUCUGGAGUUCGCCUUUUGGUUCAGGUCCACAUCUAUUAGAAAUAGGAUGUAUGUACAUGUAUGCAACAAGUUACCUAGCUCAGAGGACCCUCUUGUGCAAUAAGAUAGGGAUAUUGGCAUGUAAAUCUUCUACGCUGAUUGAAGAGCUCAUGAAAGAGACAUGGGGAACCUCCUCCGCCCCCCUGCAAAUACACUGUGAGUCUCAAUACUAUUAUACCUUUCCUUUCAAAUAGUGUAACUGUAGUGCAGAGUCCUUGGGCUUUAUCUGUUUCAGGUUUACUUUCGCUUCUUUUAUCAGAAAUCCAAUUCCAAAGCAUGGUGAUUUCUUUCCGGGCUUUCUGCAAGCUGAAUAAUAAUAUUCUGAGAUAGUCACAUAGGAGAUCUAUUCCUCCCUUGUUACCCAUACAUAUUACUCCCACCAACAUUAAUGGGAGCUGCAUGUUCUCUUCUGGGACAGCGAAGAGAUGCACGAGUACAAUAAACAGCAGUAUAUUUACUAAUUAAGCACGCUACACACUGGAGUGUCAGGACAAAUACAGCUUUUUCUAAUUUAUUCAAAAUCUAAGGCUGUCAAGCAGACUUGACUCCAAAACACCUCAAACCACCCCAAAACAUUGGGAAGGGGAGGGGAUUUCUGCAAACCAAACCUAGGUUUUCAAGCAACCCCUAUAUUUUUGUAGAGGAACCAAACCAAAAUACGGUGUCUGAACACCCCAAAACUGAAAUCAGCAUCUAAAAUAUUUUCUUUUGGGAACAGGUAUAAUGAGUCCCAUCCCUGUAAGGGCUGGCGUAUGGUAUCCAGUUGUGCAUCUGAUGACAGACUGGUGCUGAAAAUUGGUAGCACUUGUACCUUGAACCUGGUUCCCCCGUCUUGCCUGGGCCCUAAAAUAGAUAAGUACAAUAGGCCAGAUUCGUGGAGUUCAGGGGCUGGUCUUCACAGCCAGUCCUCACACACAGAGGCCCAACAAGAUGACAUACUAAUCACAAUGCCAAAGUGAAGCAAAGUCACAACCUCAUGAUAUAAGGACGUCAUUUCAGAGCGUCAAAACCAAUGUCUGCAGAACCACUCCGGAACACGGUGCAUUUGCUUUAGCUGGCUGUCUCUGGUGGCUUCAGAUAGGCCAAUGGACUGACCCUUAACUGGAGUUCCCACACAAAGCUGAUUAGAUCUUUUAGCCCCGACUGUGGGCUGUACCAACUCACUAACACAUUCUUCCCUAUGUAUCCCCAGACACUUGCCACGUUAUUGUCAGUAAUCAACACACAUACAGCAAGAAGAAAAUUAUUAGCUCUGUUUUAUUUGCCACAGUCUAAAAUAAGUUUGCAGAGAGGGGAAAUGGGGUAGCUCAAGUGAUAGGUGUAACCCAAACUGCCUUCACUUGUGGUCCAUGCAAGAGAAAUGCACUUAGCCAGAGAUCAUCCUGUCCAGUGCACAGAGCUAUCAUGGUCUUCCAACUACCAUUACCAGCCACACAAUGAUCCAAAACCAGCUGCUUGGCUCAUCUUGAGGCAUUAGAGUUUCUACCAUGCUGUCCCAACAGGUCCCAUUCCUGUAUGGAAGAGGAGUGUCUGCAGUCUGCUACAUUUAUGCAACAUAGGUGAAGCCACUAGCUCUUGGCAAACUGCCCGCAAGGCUCUGAGCUGGGAAAGCACAGUUGCCUCUUAGCUAGAGUAAUCUUGCAGGAUUUUAUAACCACAGUGGGCUUCAUGGACCUAUUCUACAAGAUUCAAUCUUCUUCCUGUCAUUAGAGAGAGGCCUCCAUACUCAAAUCUUUUAAUGUCAUGUUCAUGAUUUCCCCGCCCCACACCUUAUAUAAAGAGUGUCACAGUCCAAGACUCAAAAGAUUUAUCACCUUGUCAGUCGGUUCACAAAAUCCACAGACCAGUAUUUUAAACUAUCUGAAAUGGUUUGCACACAGAUGGCUGAAUCACAGUAAAACCUCUAGAUUGAGCUUCAUGAUGCCCUGGAGAAGGGGGUUAUAAAUCUGAACAACAGCUGGAGAAAGGUAAAAGAUCAUACCUGGCUUUCCCUGAGAGACUGGGGUUUUGUUUUUUUUGCCUUCCUCUGAAGUGUGGGGCAUGGGUCACUUGCUGGUUUGAACUAGAGUAAAUGGUGCAUUCUCUGUAAUUUGAAGUCUUUAAAUCAAGAUUUGAGGACUUCAGUAACUCAGCCAGAGGUUAUGGGCCUAUUACAGGAGUGGGUGGGUGUUGUUCUGUGGCCUGCAAUGGGUAAGAGGUCAGACUAGAUGAUCAUGAUACACUAUCGCCUUUAAGGCCAGAAUGAAACUGAGUCUAAGCUUUCAGCCCUGGACAAAGUGAUUCUAAUUCUGUGCAAUAUGAUACAUUCAGAAAAAAAAAAAAAAUCACAGUGCGAUGUACCAAUGGCUUGUGAUGUUCAAUUCAUGGUCCAGCUAAUGAUUACAGUAUUGUAUGACGUGCAUUCUGUGGUAAUGUCUAUGUAAAACAAAAAAAAUGUUGAUUUUGUUUACUGUUAAGUCAAAACAUAUUUUCAUAAAUAAAUGUUUAUUUCGUGAG